UUCCGCGGCCGCCGGGAAGUUGCCGAAGUUGUCGAGCUGCUCGUCCUCCCUCUCUCCCUCCCUCCCUCCUUCCAGCCGGCCGGUCCUUCCUCCCUCCCGCUCGCCCCGUCCGCUCGCCCGCCUCCUCCCUCCUCCCUCCGCUGCAGGAUGGAAAGGCCAUGGCCGCGGCCGCACGACUCCCCCUGACCCAGUUGUCAAGUGGAAAUCCAGUCUACGAGAAGUACUAUCGUCAGGUGGACUCGGGAAACACCGGAAGGGUCUUGGCUUCUGAGGCUGCGGCUUUUCUGAAAAAGUCGGGGCUGACGGACUUGAUCCUGGGCAAGAUUUGGGAUUUAGCUGACUCAGACAGCAAAGGUGCCCUGAACAAGCAGGAAUUUUUCGUGGCCUUGCGACUUGUGGCUUGUGCCCAGAACGGAUUGGACGUCUCCCUGAGCAGCCUGCACUUGCCCGUCCCUCCGCCCCGAUUCCAUGAGCCCAGUAGCCCUCUACGGAUCAGCGGAGCUGUGUCGGCGGAGCUCCCAUGGGCCGUCAAGUUAGAAGAGAAGGCCAAAUAUGAUGCCAUCUUUGACAGCCUGAACCCGGUGAAUGGGCUGUUAUCCGGGGACAAGGUGAAGCCCGUGCUGCUCAACUCCAAACUCCCGGUCGAUGUCCUAGGAAGGGUUUGGGAGCUCAGUGACAUCGACCAUGAUGGCAUGCUGGACCGGGAUGAGUUUGCAGUUGCCAUGUUUUUGGUCUACUGUGCCCUGGAGAGGGACCCUGUGCCCAUGUCCCUGCCUGCAGCCUUGGUGCCACCUUCGAAGAGAAAAACGUGGGUGGUGUCACCUGCUGACAAGAUAAAGUACGACGAGAUCUUCCUGCAGACCGACAGAGACAAAGAUGGCUUCCUGUCAGGUUCGGAAGCCCGAGAAAUAUUCCUCAAAACAGGAUUGCCUUCUGCCUUGCUGGCACACAUUUGGGCCCUGUGCGACACCCAGGACUGUGGGAAGCUCUCCAGCGAACAAUUUGCCCUGGCCUUCCACCUCAUCAACCAGAAGCUGACCAAGGGCAUCGACCCCCCACAGGCCCUCACAGCUGAGAUGGUGCCUCCCUCCGACCGAGCCUUGAUCCCCAAGGGCCUUUCGGGACCGAGCCCCGUGGCGGAUUUCUCAGCCAUCAAGGAACUGGACACCCUGAACAAUGAAAUAGUAGACUUGCAGAGGGAAAAGAGGAGUGUGGAGCAGGACCUCCAGGAGAAAGAAGAGAGCAUCCAGCAGAGGACCGGCGAGGUCCAGGAUCUUCAGGAUGAAGUCAAGAGGGAGAGUACUAAUCUGCAAAAGCUGCAGACUCAGAAACAGGAAGCGGAGGAACUCCUGAACGAGCUGGAGGAGCAGAAGGCCAAGCUGGAGGAGCAGCUUCAUGACAUCAGACAGAAAUGUGCCGAGGAAGCCCAGCUGGUCUCUACCCUGCAGGCCGAGUUGGCGAGUCAGGAGUCGCAGAUCUGCGCGUACGAAGAGGAGCUGGGCAAAGCCAGGGCGGAGCUGAGCCAGCUGCAGCAGGAGGCCUUGGACCUGGCCGAGAGCGUGGAGGCCGGGCGGGCCCAGCUGGGGCCCCUCCGGGACCACCUGCAGGAGUCGCAGCAGGAGAUCAGCUCGAUGCAGAUGAAACUGAGCGAGAUGAGGGAAGUGGCCCCCGCCGGGAGCCAGGGGCCCUGGGGCGGCAGCCCCCACAGCAUGCUCGUCAACGGCAGCGCCGAUUACUGCAGCCUCAGCAACAGCAGCAGCGACACGGCCAACCUCAACGAGCACGGCGAGGGUCCCAGCCCGCGGGAGGCCGAGCCCGGCCCGCCCGCGUCGCCGGUCAGAAGCAGCCCGGAGAUGGCCGACAUGACCGGGACGGACGACAAGGAAGAGCUGACGAUAAUUGAGAGCGAAAAGGAAGAUCCGUUUACUGCAGAAUCGCAUCCUCUGUCGGAUCCGGUUGCGGAAGCGAGCCUGGACUUCUUCCAGACCGACCCCUUUGUCGGCAGUGACCCUUUCAAGGACGACCCUUUUGGGAAAAUUGAUCCAUUCGGGGGCGACCCCUUCAGAGGUUCGGAUCCGUUCGCGGCCGACUCGUUUUUCAAGCAGUCCACCGCCGACGACCCCUUUGCCGCCACAAGCCCCGACCCUUUCAGCGCGGCCAGCAGCAGCAGCGAUUCUGCCGUGGAAACGCUGAAGAGCGACGACCCUUUCGCUCCCGGUGGGACGGCGGGGGCCGCGGCGAGUGACCCAGAUCCUUUCGCAUCUCUCUUUGGGAAUGAGUCAUUUGAAGAAGGAUUUGCCGACUUCAGCACUAUGUCAAAGGCCAACAACGAGGACCCUUUCGGUUCGGCCGCUCCCGGCUCGGGCAGCAACGUGGUCCUGACCAAAAACGUGUUCGAGGAGCCGCCGGGCAAAAACCAAGACGUGCCCCCAGCCCUGCCGCCCAAGACGGGCACUCCCACGAGGCCCUGUCCACCUCCACCCGGGAAAAGGCCGACCAACAGAUUGGAUUCUUCCGAUUCCCUUAAACUGAACGAUCCGUUUCAGCCUUUCUCGGGCAGUGAGGGGCUGCGGGAAAAAGCCCCCCACCUGACGGAUGACCCGUUCGCCCCCACCGUCACCGCCGGCCUGGAGGUCGACUCGAGCAACUUUGCCAACUUCCCCGCGUACUCGACUGAAGAGGAUAUGAUCGAAUGGGCCAAGAGGGAAAGCGAGAGAGAGGAGAAGGAAAGGCUCGCCCGCCUCAACCAGCAAGAGCUGGAAGAUCUGGAGCUGGCCAUCGCCCUCAGCAAAUCCGAGAUCUCCGAGGCGUGAAGAGAGAGGAAGUCGGGCCCCCGCCAGCCGUCCCCCCGCCCCCGAUACCCUGACCCGGAAAGCUAUUUACCAUCCUAUCAGAGCUACGUAGGAGCAUGAGAAUACAAAAGGUUUUAGUUUCCUGUAAGUGUGACAGACUUUCGCCUCCGAAGCCUCCCCAUUCCGAGUCUCAGUAUUUUGUCGUAAGAUGCACUAGCCGGUCGGGCGGCGUUUCCGAGGCGUCCGGCCCGCUGUUCGUUCCGCUUGAGCCGCGGCCCGUGCUACCUUCGUCCCCUCGACCCGGGUCCCGUGACCCAGCGGGAGGUCGAGGCCGCGGCCCUUUCCCGGCCCGGGGCUGCUCCGGCGGGUCUCUGUAUUUCCGGGGUCACUCCCGCCAAGGGAGGACGGGGAUGCGUCCCCGUCCCCCCCGGGCCCCGUGCGAUUGGGCCGGUGGCACAGCGUCGAGGGGAACGCGCGCCCGUGCGUUUCCUUCCGCGGGUGACGCGCUGCCCUUUGGCUUCCGUUGUCCUGAGGAGGACCGACCCCGCGAGAGGGAGGACGCGCGUGUUCCGGGUCGGUGACCCUGGGCCCGGCCCCGUGGCCUGCCACGACGCCCACCCGCCCGCGGAGGCCGGUCGGAGCCAGCGGCCGCCCCGCCGCCAACCAAGGGCGGGGGUCUCCUUGGGUUCAGUUCCUGCCCUGUCCCGGCGGCCGGGUCCAGGGCGGACCACGCCGUACCCGUCCGGGGGCCCGGGGGCCCGCCUCCGACAGCAGGCGGCGGAAACCGCGGCCCUCUACGGGAGCGCGUUCGGCCAGCGGGGGCCGGGGGAGCGUCGCACACGUGGGCCCCCCUCUUUGGCAGACCCUGAAACCCUUCUGUACGCUUGCCGGAGGAACUUCAGCAAGCCGGAGCCCUACGGAACUUGCUUCUAUACGUACAGCUCCAUUUCCUUUAAUGAAGGUUCUACUACCGGACUUAACGCGGUACCCUCUCACCGGAAACCGAGUGGAAGCGGCGGGGGUGCUGCCCGGCCUGCUUGGGGCGCCCUUUGGCGAGACUGGAUCCGAGCACGAGGUCUUUCCUCGUGAUUUUUCUCCUCAAAAAAGAGCCGUUGGGGAAAGGCGUCCAUCGUCCGAGGAACCCCCGGGCGAGCUGAAUUUGGAGUAAGGCGACGCCCCGAGCAGAGUCUGUGACUUGGACUUUUUGCGGUUGUUGUUCCGUAGGGUAGAGGCUGACGUUACCCUCUAGGCUGGGAACACCUGGUAACAAAAGGUAACUGGCGACAACUGGUGACGGAAGGUAGUCGACGUUCCCCUCGAGCGUGAGCUCCUUGCGGGCCGAGAACGUGUCUGCCAGUUCCGUCGUGUCGUGCUCUCCCAGGCGCUCAGUACGUACAGUGCUCUGCACACCGUAGUGCCCAAUAAACACCGUCGAUCGCUCGAUUGGAUGUCAAGAAAGGUUUGCCGGAACCAAGCCAAAGUGGUCUACGGGGCGGGACCGGGGGCGGUCAGGGCGGGGCACUUGCCCGGGGCGGAGCAACCAUCCGGCCCCUCGAGUAAAUGCUCCAGACCACACGGGCCUGGUUCCCGGCGCUCUGCCUGCCCCCGUCCCGCCGGGCACCCCGAUCGAAUCGGACCUUGCACCCCCUCUGCCUGUGCGAGCAGCGGGGUCAGGUCACGGGGGCGUGAAGCGGAAGCCGAAGACCACCCCUUCCCCCCCGCCGCGCCCCACCCACACGCUGCCUCGCCACGCAGCUCCCCGUUGCAAACUGGCGCCGGGCUCCCCUGGCGAGGUGUUCCUUUCCUUGGCCGUGGCGGUGGUUCUUUCUCCGCUCUUUCAGGAGACCGGCAAGGUGACUUGAACAACCCUUUUUUGCACUGGGAAAAUGAGCAGGUGUCGGCGACGCCCAGAGAGAUGGGAACCUUUGAAGUAUUAUAGACCUGUAACUUAUCUCCACCCCCUUCGAUGUAAUAAGUGUACACUAAUCUUACCUGUGUUUAACUGGACUACAUAGAUUCCCUUGUUAAAAGAUGUACAUUCAGUGGACCAAUAUAUUAAAAUGUGUACAUAGUAUAUAUAUAUAUAUAUAUUCACGCCCUCUCGUAUGGGAUUAAAAUCUCGUAGUCGUUUGACGUCAUUUACUCUGACUACGGUACCUGUGCCCUGAAGAGUACAGGUCGCCGAACGGAUCACUGCUGUGGCCUAACCGGCAUCACUAAGAGGUUUUAACGGGCUUUUAAAAAUCUGUUCGGCCGGGAUUAGGGACUGUUAGAGACUUUCCUUGAUGUUGUUGAAAACUCCCCAACAGUAGCCUGUAAUCACGAGGAGAAUAAAAUUAAAAGACACGGAAAA